AUGAACUCGAAUUGUUUAGAAGUUAUCAUGACAUUAACAGCUAAGCACUUCUCUCCCGGCCUCAUUCCGAGGGACCAACCCCAGGUCAAGGGAGACCGUGUUGAGAAAUCACACUCUGCGAUGGAUUUGGAUCUUGCAUCCAAACACUAUCUUUCAGACCUCCUCCACAGCGAGCGUCGUCCAGCGCAAUCCACGGACAUGGAUAAUCACCUCAGCCAAGGGGAAGAUUCUGUCAAGCCAUUCUCUCUUCUGGAUCAUAUGCAGAGUCUUGAUGAAAUUCGAAAACAAAUGCCAUCAGAUGCAACAUUCAUCGAUGUCUACCCUUGCACGGCUCUUCAAGAAGGGUUGCUGGCACUAUCAAUGAAGGAGUCCGGCAGUUUUACUCCUCAAAUAAUAUGCAAGCUCCCCAAAGGCAUUUAUUUGAAUAAGUUUAAAGCUGCUUGGCAGAGCACAGUCGAUUCAAAUUCGACACUUCGAACUAGUUUCGUUCAAACGCGGACUUCAGGCCUACUUCAAGUAGUUUUGGCGCCAGAACCCAUCCUCUGGUCCGAAGAGAUCGACCUCGAAAGCUACUUGAGCAACGACAGAAUUAUCUUCCCUUCAUUCGGAAAGCUCCUAUUGAGAUACGGUCUCAUUCAAAGCCACUCAUCUGAUUCAUUACAUUUUGUUUGGACUUUUCAUCAUGCCGUUCUUGAUGGUUGGAGCAUGCGCUUGCGUUUCGUUGCCCACCAAAUGAGACUUGAGAAGCAAUCACAGAAAGCGAGCGAAAUGUUCUGGAGUAAUCAUCUAGCAAAUAUCUCGGGGGCACAAUUUCCAGUUGUCCCAUCGCAACAUCGGUCGCGUGCGAAUGGCUACUCGGAAAGAUUUAUUCCCGUGAAGGAAAACCUAUUGGCUGGUGCAACGACCUCUACAAUUAUACAAGCUGCAUGGGGAAUCCUAGUAGCACGACGUACCGCUGCGACGGAAGCUACUUUUGGUCUCGUGCUUGCAGGGCGAAAUGCAAAGAUUGUAGGUCUUGAUAUGAGAAGAGUAAAUGGUCCAACAUUCAAUUCACUACCGAUGCGAGUAAUUGUUGAUGACAAAAAAUCUGUAGAAGAUCUAUUUACUUCGGUUCAUGAUUCUCGAGUCGCCAUGAAACCCCAUCAGCAUCUUGGCCUACAAAAUAUUCGUAGGCUCGGAGCGGACUGCACAAAAGCUUGCAGCUUCCAGAAUCUACUCGUUAUUCAACCCAGAUUAGAGAGAGAUCCCAACAGUAUAUUCGGUGCCAGAGAGAAUACUAGUGACCACUGGGCAAAGCUGAAUGCUUAUCCUCUCAUGAUGCAAUGUGAUUUGAUGGGAGAUGGCUUCACUGCAAUGGUCAGUUACGACUCUCACGUUUUAUCUGACCAAGAAGUCAAUAUUCUGCUGCAACAAUUUGACAACAUCAUUUCUCGUUUGUCCGAUGCAAACACACUGGUUGGUGAUAUAGGGCUGGCAAUGGAAACCCCACAAAAACAAUUAGCAAUUCAAGAAACCGAAGCUGAAGAGGUUCAUUCGUGUGUCCACGAAGUCAUUCAGCAGAGUUCGCAAAGCCGCGGAUUCGAUGUAGCGGUGACAUCUUGGGAUGGAGAAUUGACGCAUUCCCAAUUACAUUCUAUAUGUGAUCGUCUAGCAUAUCUUAUACAGCUCGCUGGUGUUGGACCCGAAAUCAAGGUUGCACUGAUCUUUCAAAAAUCUUUGUGGGCUAUAGUCGCCAUGAUGGCAGUGAUGAAAGCAGGAGGAACUUUUGUUCCUAUGAGCCCCGACCAUCCUGAAGAGCGAAUCAGAAAGCUGGUGAAUCGAAUAGGUGGCAAGAUGAUCAUGUGCUCUGAAAGUCUUUUUCCCUCAUUCGAGGGCAUCGCAGAUCAAACAUUUGCUGUGGGAAAAUUGAUGCUCGAAACCUUGCCCGAAGGAGUGCUGGAUACAAGUGUUCAGCCAAACAAUUCUGUUUAUGUUAUGUUCACUUCUGGCAGCACUGGAGAACCAAAGGGAUGCGUUAUAGAGCAUGCUACUUGCUGUGCUACUAUGCGUCAUCUGUCCAAUAUCUCCAAAAUGAGUCCUCAAAGUCGCACUCUUCAGUUAUCGGCAUAUACUUUUGAUGGCAUGGUUUUUGAGAUUCUUGUUACUUUGGGUGUUGGAGGCGUUGUUUGCAUACCUUCAGAAGACGAGAAGAUGAACAACAUUACGUCAGCAAUCAACCGAAUGCAAGUUAAUACUGCAUUCAUGACACCUGCCUUUGGGAGGUUGAUCCUUCCAGAAUCUGUGCCAACUCUAAAAACUCUUCUUAUAGGGGGUGAAAAAGUAAUCCAAGAAGAUUUGGAUCAAUGGUUCGGAAAGUUGCGGUUAUUGCAAAUAUAUGGACCUACUGAAUGUUGCUGCAUGUGCACUGCUACUGAGAUCACUGGGAAAGGUGUGAACCCUGCUAAACUAGGGUUUGGUUUCAUCGGAAGUUUUAUUGUGCUUGACGAGAACGACCAAUUAGCUCAACGGGGAGCUGCAGGUGAAUUAUUGAUUGGUGGACCACUUGCGAGGGAGUAUCUCAAAAAUCCCGAAAAGACGGAGGCGUCAUUUGUGCCUACGCCUUCUUGUAUCCCUGCUGAAUCUACUCGAUGGAAAAGAUGGUAUAGGACAGGUGACUUGGUCAAAAUGGAUGCCGAUGGAUCAAUCGUAUAUAUCUCUCGGAAAGAUGCGGGUGCACAAGUCAAGCUAAAUGGCCAAAGAAUUGAGAUGGGUGAAAUCGAAAGUCAUCUUCACAAAAAUCUAGACAAUGUUAUAGAUCUUGCCACAGUGAUAGCAACUCCUGUGGAUGGCAGGUCACCGUUCCUAGCAGCCUUCUUGUGUUUUAGAGAUGGCGGUAACAGUAGAGAAAAGGAAGAAAGCUCACUUUUCAAGAAGUGCCUUGAUGGUUCAAUCGUCCGAUCACUUCUUGACCGCUUGAGUCUUGCACUACCACAAUACAUGAUACCAAAAGUAUACAUACCCGUAUCAUUGAUACCGCUUACUACAUCUCAGAAGUGUGAUCGCCAAACCCUACAGACUCUUGCAGCUAGCUUGACGCCUUCAGAAUUCGCAUAUUAUUCUGGUCAAGAUGCUACACACUCCGCUCCUCUGACCAACAACGAGCUUCAAAUGCAACGUCUAUGGUCCGUUAUUUUAAAAAUUCCAUCAAAUAGUAUAGGCAGGAAUGAUAGUUUUACACGUCUUGGUGGGGAUUCUAUUCUUGCUAUGAAGCUCGUUGCAGCUGCACGAGAAGAUGGCAUAAAUCUGACGGUUGCAAACAUAUUCCAAAGUCCAAUCCUAUCAGACUUGGCCAAAACACUGAUGGAUGUCAAUUCCUCUACAGUUGUCGCACAGGAUAAUAUCCCUGCAUUUUCUAUGAUUGGAGGGCGCGCUCAGCUGCUGAAAGCAACUAUUGAUGGUGGUCUGAACCCAGAGUAUGUUGAAGACUUGUACCCAUGUACUCCUUUUCAAGAGUCCAUCAUGGCACUAUCAAUGAGCCAUCCUGGCACGUAUGUUGCACAACACGUUUUCGAAUUAUCUAAGGACAUAUACUCUAAUAUUGACAAGUUCUGUGACGCUUGGAAUGAAGCUGUACGUUCGAAUCCAAUUCUACGAACGCGUAUCAAUCAGCAUGAAGCAGCAGGCCUGGUGCAAAUGGUGAUUAGAGGAGAUGUUAUAUGGGAGGUGCAAGAUAACCUUCAAGGAUAUCUGGAAUCUGAUAAAGCGCAGCCUAUGGGCUUAGGAAGUCCUCUCAGCCGCUACUGUAUUGUCGAAGAGACAAUCUCAGCCGAUCAUAAGUAUUAUUUCGUCCUUACCCUACAUCAUGCAGUAUACGACGCCUGGAGCAUAAACUUGAUGCUUCAACAGGUGGGAAAAGAGUAUGGAAGACUCGCGCACAUUCCUACGAAUGAUGCCAGCUUACUUCAACCCCAAAAUAUACCGUUUAAUCGUUUCAUGAAGACUAUUGUCGAUUUAGAUCGAUCUGCAGCAGAAAACUUUUGGAAAUCAGAGCUUGCGAGUGAAGACGCAAAGAUUUCACAUUUUCCAAGCAUCAAUUUUGGGUACCAGCCUCAACCUGGUACAAUAGCCAUCAAGGAUAUCAAGUUACUUCGAGAGGCUAAUUCCGACUACCGAAUUUCGAGCGUUAUCCGAACAGCUUGGGCAAUUGCCAUAAGUAACUACUCCAAUUCUAACGAUGUCAUCUUCGGAGAAGUAUUGACAGGACGUACUGGUUCAUCAGCCGAUCUAACUCGAGUACUUGGACCUACAUUAGCUACCGUUCCGGUUAGGAUCACAUUGGAUCCUCAGGGCACAGCUCUUGAUUUACUGAAGAAGGUUCAGGCUAAAAUGAUCCAGAUGAUGCCCUUUGAGCAGAUUGGUCUACACAACAUUCAACGACUUGGCGAAGGACCGAAUAAGGCGUGCCAGUUCCAGAAUAUCUUGGUUAUACAACUUAGAGAAAAUUCAGCCAUUGACAACUCAUUUAUGGGACGACGUCGAAUGGAUCUUGUGGAAGCAACUGUAUGGGAUACAAAUGCUUUAACUCUAGAAUGCCACCUUACUGAAGAGGGAAUCAAGGCCAAGGCAAUCUUUGACUCAGAAAUUAUAAACAGUCGACAAAUGGAGAGGAUACUCUCCCAGUUUCAGCAUGUCCUUCAGCAAUUAUGCCAUGAAGACACAGGAAAAUCUGUCCAAGAUAUCAACUCUAUCAGUGAAGUUGAUCUAGCGCAUGUUUGGGAAUGGAAUUCUACAUUACCAGAGGUAAUGACGUCUUGCGUACAUGAAGUUAUCGACAUCAUGACAAAGCAAGAUCCUCAUGCCCCAGCAAUUACCUCUUGGGAUGGCGAUUUGACUCGCGCUGAGCUAGAUAGUCUAUCAUCUCGUCUAGCUUUCCAACUGAUGCAGUAUGGAAUAGGGCCAGGAAGCAAAGUGCCUCUAUUCUUCACGAAAUCAAAAUGGGCCAUCGUAGCUACACUGGCUACUAUCAAGUCCGGAGCUGCAUUUGUACCCUGCGACCCUUAUCAUCCUCGGUCACGCCUCAUUUCACUUAUUGAACAAGUUAAAGCUCAAGUAAUUCUCUGUUCAAGCGAUGUUUGGCAGACUUACUUAGACCUGUUUCCCCGCGGCAAAACAGUUGUGGUGGGGAACGGUGAGAUGGAACUGUUACCAACGGCAACAGACAUUGUGAGCAAUGUUAGCCACGUUGACCCUCUCUACAUCUGUUUCACCUCAGGUACUACUGGGACUCCUAAAGGUACAGUAGUGACCCAUGAAGCAUAUUGCUCCGGCGCGAGAGAUCAUGGUAAAGCGCUUCACUUUGGACCAACUUCACGAUUUUUACAGUUUGCGUCCUACAGCUUCGACACUUCUAUCGAGGAUAUUUUGACAACCCUGAUGACGGGAGGCUGUCUUUGUAUACCAUCUGAGGAAGAACGUACUUCAGAUAUUGUGGGAGCAAUAGCUAGAAUGAAUGUUAACACAGCAGACCUGACACCUUCUUAUAUAAGCUCGAUCUCACCAGACUCCGUUCCUACAUUGAAGCGAAUAACUCUUGGUGGAGAGCCUAUCACUGCUAAUGUCAUCAAAACCUGGGCAGAUCGCGUUCAUUUGAUUAAUGCUUUCGGAACUACCGAAUGUUGCGUAACAAGUGUAGUCAAUGCAGAUAUCUCUCCCAGCACAUCUCCUACAAAUAUCGGACGUGGAGCAGGCGCGGUCACUUGGAUUGUUGAUACUGAAGAUUCAAACCGACUUCUACCAGUUGGCGCAAUUGGUGAACUGCUAAUUGAAUCACCCGCCAUGGCCUCAGGAUAUCUUGGCGACGAGGUGAAGACCAGAGCCGUUUUUAUCGAUAGUCCCAAAUGGGGUCGUAAUCUUGGCUCGAGUCACCGUCCUACACGUCUUUACAAAACCGGCGAUCUUGCCCAAUACAAUUCUGAUGGGACAAUCAAUUACCUUGGCCGCAAGGACACUCGAAUCAAACUUCGGGGACUUCGCAUAGAAAUUGCUGAUGUGGAGCAUCACAUACUCAGUCAUCACAAGUCAGAAAAGCCAUGGUUCUCAAAAGACUCGGAGGUAGCCAGUGGUAUUGCGGUGGUUUCUCAUUUAGAACUUGAAGCUUCUGGAUUCAAAUGGUCUCGAAUUGCCAAUCAUCUGUUAGAUCACCUACCAAGCUACAUGGUUCCUUCUUCUUGGGUCGCUAUGAAGACCAUACCACUUCAUACUUCCGGAAAGCUAGAUCGUCCUAGACUCACCAAGUGGCUUAAUAGUCUUCCGGUGAUCCAAAAAUCUGAGAGUUAUCCCAAGAGCAGCGAGGCACCUUUAUUACCAUCGAAUGAUCAUAUUGCAUUUGAAAUCAGCGAUAAAAUUGCACAGCUUGUUUCUACGAAGCCUUCAUCACACCUCAAUUCCGAUAUCAUGGGUCGUGAUGUUAACCUUGCUUCUAUUGGAAUCGAUUCCAUCAAGAUCAUGUCCCUUGCAGCUUUCAUUAAACGAUCGUAUGGAAUAACUAUACCUAUGCCCAAGCUCAUCAACUAUCAGACCACAAUCUCGGAUGUUUCGAAACAUAUUCGUGCUGCGACUAAUUUUAAAGGCGAAAACCCCAUAGAUUCAGUACCCACCCUUGAUUUGAUGCAAGAAAUCACCGGUCUAGACAUACAACUAGCCUCGAUGCUGCAUUACUUUGGAGUUGUUUUCUUGACAGGUGCCAGCGGAUUCCUAGGUACCCAGAUACUCCGAGAACUUCUUGGAAGACCUGGCGUCAAGAAGGUUAUUGCGCAUGUACGCGCUUCAUCCAAUGAGAAUGGCAAACAACGGAUCACAACAGCGGCGAAAUCCGCAAGAUGGUGGCAUGAAACUUUCGCAACGAAACUCGAAAUAUGGACAGGAGACUUAGCUAAACCUAUGUUAGGUUUGAGUUUCGGACAAUGGCAGAAACUAAGCACAGUCGAUGCCAUCAUCCAUAAUGGAGCUUCAGUGCAAUGGAAUGCGGACUAUCACACUCUUAAAGCUGCCAAUGUCACAUCUACCUUUGAUAUUCUGAAGAAUAUUACAGGAGCUGUUUCGCCUCCGAAAUUUGUCUAUGUAUCUGGAGGUCGUGAUUUUGAAGGAGAGAUGGAUGAUAAUACGACCGCCAUGAAAUUGAAGGAACUUGAUGGUUACAGUCAAACAAAGUUCGUUUCAGAGCUGAUGGUUAGAAACUUUGCUCAACGAGCCACAUCGUUUGCCCAAGGCAAUCACGUCUCUAUCGUCAAACCGGGACUGAUCAUUGGUACCACCCGAGAGGGAGUUGCUAAUACCACUGACUUCCUAUGGAGAUAUGUAGCUGGCGCAAUACACGUCGGUGCAUAUCCUAUUCCAGACAAAAAUGAUUGGUUGACUGUUGCACAUGCGGAUUUCGUCGCAAAUUCUACUAUCAAUGCCUUGGUAAAUACUCCCAAUCACUCAAAUUAUACAUUGGAUAUAACUGGUGGAAUUGAUAUGCAACGAUUUUGGGAUAUUGUCAAUAAGACCAUGGAGCAUCAACUUCGCCCGACUACUUCACGUGAAUGGGCGAGGUUGAUCAAGAUGAAUAUGGAGAAGAAGACGGAAGCCCAUCCGCUCUGGCCGGUAGCUCAUCUUAUCACUGAGGAAGGUAAUUUGGGCAAGAGUAAAAGACCAAGGGAAUUGGAUGCUGUAUUUGAGAAGCAGAUAGAGGAGGCGAUCAAGAAGAAUGUGGAGUAUUUGAACGAGAUUGGUUAUUUUAGGUAG